UUAUACACCGACUCUAGACUUCCGGUUAUGACUCGGCUUUGGCGCAAAACAUUCAGUCUGGUCAUUUAUCAUAAAUUUCGUGUGAUUAUAUAAAAAUACAAGAAUGCCCCGGUCUAAAAAAGGAACGUUCGUGAAAGCUUCGUUCCUCCGGAGACUUGAGGGUCUAAGGAGAGCAAGAGAAGCCCGUGCGUUAAAAGGUAAACAGGAUGUUGAAAAUGAUGGCCUAUGCUUGGAGAAUGAUUCUUCCCCUGUUCUACGAAGUGUUGAGUGUCAAAGUGCAGAAAGUUCAUGGCGUGUUGGAAGACGAAUUGUUGAACUUGGCACUCUUGUAGAUAAUCUGAAAAGAGGUUGCGCCAUGUGUGGGAAUGCACUUCAGCUUGUCAACACUAUAGGUGAAAGGAAAUUUGGACUAGGGCAGGUUCUUCAGAUAAAAUGCACACAUUCCACCUGUGCCCAUGUUAAUGACAUACCCACGGGCAGUAAGCAUAGGGUUAAAGCAGAUAUGAAGCAAUAUGCUUGGGAUGUCAACACAAAACUUGCUGCAGGUAUGCUAAAUGGUGGUUAUGGAAUAACUCAUGUAAAUGCAUUACUGGCUGCACUGAAUAUCCCAGGGAUCACAAACAGGAGUCUAAAAAGCAGAGAAAGAGAGGUUGGGGAACACCUAGAGGAAAUGGCAGGGCAGAGUUGUAAUAAAGUUCUUCAAGAAGAAAUGAAACUGAGUGAUGGAGACAUCACUGUGUCUUUUGAUGGUGCCUGGCAGAAGAGAGGUACUGGUAGAGGAUACAAUAGUCUUACUGGUCAUGCAUCUCUAGUAGGAGAAAAAACUAAAAAGAUAGUAAGUUUCUCUUCGAAGAGUAAAAAAUGCAGAAUCUGCUCAGCUGCAUCAGGUAAAGGAGUUCCACCCAGAAAACACAACUGCCGAAGGAAUUGGCAUGGAUCGGCAAAGGCAAUGGAGCCAGCCAUGGCCUGUGAAAUGCUGAGUGCAAUCCAAGAUGAAGGGUGCAAGAUACGAACUUUAGUCAUGGACAAUGACUCAACAACUAUUGCCCAUGUAAAAGCCACUGUGGACCCAACCAUCAACAAAAGAGCUGACAAAAACCACACAAAAAAAGGUUUCACAGGAGCUUUGAUUGAGCUUGCCAAUACUCACAAAGUUUUGAAAAAUCAAAAACUUAGAGGUCACAUUGAAAGAUGUUUUACAUAUUGUGUACAGCAAAACAGGGGCAAGGCUAAAGAGCUUGAAAUUGAACUUGGCAAAAUUGUUCCACAUUUAUAUGGUGAACACGAAUACUGUGGAACUUGGUGCCAGAGUAAAAAGACUGACUAUAAACCACGAAAUUUGCCGUAUGGAAAGCCUCUCUCCUGCACCUUACUUCGAGAAGCUUUAGAAGGUCUAUUCAAAAAGUAUUGCUGUAAGGCAGAAGAGCUAGCCAUGAUGGGGUCCACCCAAGUCAAUGAGAAUUUCAACCAUAUGGUCUCCACUAAAGCCCCCAAAAGAUUAAAAUGGCAUUGUCACCAGGCAAUUUCACAAUGAAACAUACCAUUAGACUUGCCAACAAGCUCAAACGGAAGCGUCUGAUGCAGAGUUUACCCACCACAAAGAAACGUCGAUUGGAAUUAAAAGCUGCCAGGUUGUCUAAAGAAGCAGCGAGGAAUGUACU